CGUAUCUCAGUAUAUCCCUGACAGUGACGCAGUGAAGUGUAGUGCAAGUGACGCAAUGUAUAUAUACAACGACGGCGGCUAAAUACGAUAAAAGAGUGCUGUGUUUUGUAUAAAGAAAUGAGUCAGUGAGUGAAUGAUUGAUUGGCUGUGGAGAUAUCAACAAGAUGGUUUCUCGACGUAAGAUUCUCUCGCAGAGCCGAGAUGAGUUGAGCUAUGAGCUCAAUACAAAGAUGGAAGAGGAGGACGAUGUUUGGUUUACCAAGGAGAAACUAUUUAAGGAUCACAUCCAAGAAGUUCUGGACAAAUGGGAAUCCAUAGAUGAUGAAAUAUGGGCUAAGGUAGUAGUGUUGGAGCGUAACCGGCGUGUUGCUAAAGCCUACGCUAGAGCUCCGGUCAUCACGGUCAAUGGUACAGAACAGGGCUUCGACGGAUUUAGGAUCGGAGUGGCAGGGUUUGAAAAUCCAAUGCGAGAUGUUGGAACAGAGGAGAUAAUUAAACAGAUUAACCAGGGAUUCAAAUUGAAGAUGGAUGACAUGGGAAACAUACUGAUAAAAAGGCUUUGCAAGAGUCAGGUGUACGCGCGCCAGACGGGAGACGAGAGCGCGCUGUCGAAUGACAUCUUGAAGCUAAACAACGGUCUGCUGGAGCACGAUAAACCCUUUAAACUGUUCGAGAUGAAGAAAUAUCAGAAUAAUCUGAACAGGGAACUCAAGAGACAGUAUCCGGACCGAAGGAAACUUGAAGCACAGUGCAUAUCCUUAGUUAGCUUCGGAACUAGUCAAAGUGAUAUCCUGGAUAGCCCUAUCUGGAUACUGGUGAUCAAUGUUGUUGCAAUGGAGAUGCUAAGAAGUAAACUGCCUCCACUACAUAUUCUUGAUAACAGGAGGAUUCAGACAUGUAGCAGUGACGAGGAUCCGUAUAGUAUUGCUGGAAGUGGAAGUAGCGGAAGCAGUGGAAACGGAAAUACAAGACCAAGAUUCCGAUCCAACUCCCGUGAUGUGCCACCCCAGCUGCCUCCCCGGGACAAUAUCUACGGGACAGUACAGCCCAGCACCAACCAAUGGGAAGAGAAGAGGGAGAAGAAGGGUGGAGACGAUCCAUACUACUUCGGACUCUCAGCCAGAAUUCCGAACUUUGUGAAGAGUCGAAAGAAAAAGCAGAAGGAGAGAGAUGCUGCCAGGUCAAGAAGUACACCGGGGCAUGAGGUGAGCUCAGGUCACAGUUCAUUACCUGCUCAUCCCUUCUGGUGGCACAAUAGGAUUUACACAGACAAUUCUACAGGUUCCCCAGCAGAACCAGUUUAUGGAAGGACUCAGCCUAGUUUUGGACCCUAUGAUUCCUCUGAUUCCGACUAUUCCCAUAUCUAUGGGAGGCUUCCUAUUCCUACCCGAGGUGUGAGAAAAUUCCCCAGUAAGCCUUUAUUCCUCUCACACUGGGAAUAAAAAGAAAAAUCUAUUGGUGUUGUAAGGACUAGAAAUCUGACCCAGAAGCUCAAUUCUCUACAUAUGCUAGUCAUAAUGGAACUUAAAUACUAGUCUAUUUUCUAACAUAGACCUAAUGAACUAGUGUAUUUUCUAUCAUAGACCUAAUAAACUAGUCUAUUUUCUAUCAUAGAUCAUAAUAUGCUGGUCUAUUUUCUAUCAUGAACCGAAUAUACUAGUCUAUUUUCUAUCACAGACCUAAUAAACUAGUCUAUUUUCUAUCAUAGAUCAUAAUAUGCUGGUCUAUUUUCUAUCAUAGAUCAUAAUAUGCUAGUCUAUUUUCUAUCAUGGACCUAAUAUACUAGUCUAUUUUCCAUGAUAGACCUAAUAUACUAGUUUUGUUUCCACCAUGGACCUAAUAUAUAUCAUGGACUUAAUUUAUUAGUUUAUUUUUAUCAUGGACCUAAAAAACUGGUCUAUUUUAAUAAUGGACACAACAAACUGGUCUAUUUUAAUCAUGGACCUAAUAUACUAGUCUAUUUUUCAUCAUAGACCUAGUAUACUAUUGUUUUCCACCAUGGACCUAAUAUACUAUAAUAGACCUAAUAUAUUUGUCUAUUUUCCAUCAUAGACCUAAGUUUUUUUCCACCAUGGACCAAAUACACAAGUUUAUUUUAUUGAUCAUGGACCUAAUAUACUAGAGUCUAUUAUCCUAAUGGUCCUAAGCAACCUUCAAUCUAGUCUAGGAACUCUAAAAUAUCUAAAAUUUAACACAACUCAUUCCAACUUAGUUUUAAUCAACCUCACACACAAACAAACAGUCUCGUUUAAUCAAAUCGAGCUAAAUCUAAUCUUAUUCCUACAUUUUUUUAAAUUCAAAUCUAUCCCCUGUUGGAAAGCAUUACAUCUAGUCUCUUUAUAAGAAUCAUUAAAUCAAUAUGAAAAAUAUUAUGAAAAUUAAUUAGAAUUUCAAAAUCACCGCCAUAUCUAGUCGAAUUACACUGCCAUGUUUAAGGAUUCCUAAUCACAUCGAUACCAAGUCCAAUCACACCGCUAUCUAGUCCUAACAAUUCAAUCACACGCCACAAAGUCCAAUCACACCGCUAUCUAGUCCUAACAAUUCAGUCACACUGCCGUAGUUGCCCUAUUUAUAUCUAAUUUGAUACUCCCAACGCCGUCUGUCGUCGAAUAUUGCAACUAAAGUUUGUAAAUAGUUGAACCGUAUUAUAAGAGAACUAUUAUGUUAAUUUUAUGUUUGCCGAAUGAAUGUGUAAUGUAUGCCAGCGAGUUUUUUAUUGUAAAUAACAUUAAGAAUUGUUAUGUUUCUUUCUAUAUCUAUAUAUAUUCAUCUUUCCUAUAUUAUGUCCCUCCUCUCUCUUUUUUUUAAUAUUGUAUCCUAGUAUCAAAAUAAACAAGUGAAACUA